AUGAAAUUCACCACCAUCUCUAGUAUUUGCCUAGCCGCCGGCAUUACCCUCGCCGCUCCCGCCGCUCCCGGCGGCGCGCAGUGCCCUACCCUUCAGCCGAUCUACAUCGAUAGCUGGACGGCCGAGUUGUACUCAGACGUCAAUCGGGGCUGGAUGAUGUUCAACAUGGGCGAUCCCAACAAGAAAGUUAAGACUAACUGCAGUGUUACCUGGGAACGUGGGUUGCCCGUCCCCCAUGACACGAUGCUCAAGUGCGACGACAAAGCCUACGAGUUCGGUUUCCCCAAAGGGAUCGACUCGAUCGACGAAUUCACUCUUAAGGUGGCUCGCACUAACGGUGCUUGGAGCGGACACUAUGCGGCUAACUCGAAGAACGAGAACUGGAAUUGCAACGAGUAUGCUCAUGGAUUUUUUAAGGAGAAGUGCGAAUUGAUUGGUACUUUGAAUAUGGAAGUGAGCCCCUGA